UCGGAAGAUUUCAUUCUUCAUUCCCUAGCAAAUAAACCUAUAUAAAUAUUCUUCCGUGCCACGGGAUGUAUUCUUACAUAUAAACCCAUUGGCGCAUGAGGCGGUGGAACCAACCAACCACACACACACAAAUCCUAAUCGCUGCAACCUAUUCACUCGAAAGGUCGUGUCAGGAGGGGCAACAGGAAGACAGCGCCCAAAGCAUCAGCAAAGCCUCGAUCGAACAGGGCUAUUCUUCCCAUCUUCCAAGUAAUCCUUCAACUCCCCCCAACCCCCACCAACAAAAAACAACUUCUUUUCUUAUUAUUUUAUCAAUUUUUUUACAACCUACGAAUCUAAUCACAACACAUAUUCACUUGUCUACGAAAAACAGACACAAUUUACCCUUACUUUUUGGCAAUAACAACAGGGUAGCUAGAACAAAAUGCCUGAAAGAGUUGUUCGCAGCUCUUAUCAUGACCGAGAGGUCGACUACUAUUCCUCCGAUGAAGACCGGUCUUCCUAUGGUCGGUCCAAAGCAAAUGGUAGCACUUAUCGCACUGUCCAACGCUAUCGAGUCGCACCAAGUCGAGGUGAGGAAGUAGAUGAUACUCGAUCCGUUCGUUCUUCUCAUCGAGAGUACGAAAAUCGACAAGGAGAUCGAAUCGAAGUGGAUCGUCGAGUCGAAAUUGAUCGCGAACGUGAACGAUAUGAUCCAGAGCCACGACGAACCGAGCGCAUCGAGGUGGACAGAAGAGUUGAGGUUGAUCGCGAGCGAUAUGAACCCGAAAGACCCCGAUCAUCUAUCGAUUAUGACCGAGCUGUCGAAUACCAGAGAACUACCGUUGAGCGAGCCAGAGAACCCGAGCGUGAACGAGACCGCACUAGAACAGUAGUUUAUGAGCGGGAGCGGGAACGUAGUGGUAGCCCCUUGCCUUGGGAACGGCACCGCAAUGAUAGACCAUGGGAAACGGAACGAGAUGUCCGGGAAACCCGCGAGACCGAUGUUACAGUCGAGAAAACAAUAGCUCGACGUCAUAAUGAACCAUAUGAACUCGAAAGAUACUCGCGAGAAACAGAAUACUAUGAUAUACCUGAACCUACCCCGCCACCAAUUAUCAUUCGUCAAAGAGCCCCGGAACCUCAACAAAUUAUUGUUCAAGAAGCGCCAAGCCCCGCCCCAAUUAUUAUACCACAACCUGCAUCAGAACAACAACGUAUUGAGGUUAUUGAAAGAAAGACGGAAGUGCAACAGGAAAUUGUUCCACGACCAGACCCACGCAGGGAAGAAGAUGAAUACUAUUAUCGCAGAGAUGUUCGUGAGAUCAGUGGAAGAAGAGACAAUGAAAUGGCUGCUUAUGAUCGCCGAGAUAGUCGUUACGAUGAUGGAUACGAAAGUGAAGACUAUGUCGUACGAAAGAAGGUUGUCAAAAGAGAAGCGCGCAGCCGUAGUCAUAGUCCUCAUCAUAGAAGACAUUUGGCCGAAGGUGCUCUAGCUGGGGCUGGUGCAGCUGCUUUGUUAGCCAACCAUAGGGAAAAGCAAGGAGUUGAAACAGCUCGUGGCAGAUCAGUCAUUGGUGGGGCUGCUUUGGGUGCGAUCGGUGCUGAAGUAGUUACAAGAGCACGCAGCCGAUAUCGCGAUAGUCGAGAAGAUCGAAGUAGAUCAAGAUCAAGCAGUCCACAUGGUCAUCAUAAAUUGAAGACUGCCCUUGGUCUUGCUGCUGCUGCGAUUGCCGCUGGAGCUGCUGUUAAGUAUGCCCAAAAUCGAUCUGCAAACAAGGAAGAGCUAGUUCGUGGUCGAAGCCGACAAAGAAGUAUGUCUCAUGGUCGACGAUAUUCUGAUGGGGAUGAAUAUUGGUCCGACGAGGUGUACGAAAAGCGUACUAUACGAACACGGACGGGAAGCAGGAGCAGGAGUAGGAGCAAGAGCGUACAUGCUGAUCCAGCACACCGUAAGAAGUCUAUGGCAAAGGCUGGGGCUGGAGCUGCUAUAGCCGUUGGUGUUGCUGAGCACUUCCGAAACAAAUCUCGCAAACGUAGUGGGCAAAGAUCUCAGUCACGAGUACGAACUGCUGCGGAAAUUGCUGGAUCGGGUCUAGCAGGUGCUGCGGUAGCCGGAUUAUACGAGAAUAGAAAAGCUAAGAAGGCAGCUGGCGAAGAUGAGGAGGUUGUGAGACGAGAGAGAGUGAGGAGUAGAACUAGGAGCAGAACUAGAAGCAGGUCGAGAGCCAGAUCUACUGGAGUAUAUUCUGAUCCAGGUGUUGACCCAGAAUUAGGCAUGGUUCAGUACGGUACUGAACCCGUACACACGCACCAGCAGCCGGCACCAUACGAUCGAGCCAACGAACACGAUUCAGCUGUCGCGGCGGCCGCAGCUGGAGCUGCUUACGGUGCUUCCAGACGUAGUCGAAGUCGAUCCCGUCAACGAAAACGAGACUCAUCGAGCGACGAUGAAAAACGACCACGAUCGCGAAGUAGAAGCCGGAGCAGAGUCAGAGAUCUAGCUGCUGGUGCGUUGGGUACGGGUGCGGCCGCUAUUGGGAUCGAUCAAUACAGAAAAAGAAAAGAGAAGAAGGAAAAGAAAGAGAAAGAGAGAGAGAAAAAGGACGCAGAAAAGCAUGAGCGUGAGCGCGAACGAAGACGUGAGGACCCCCAGCACUCAAGAUCAAGUUCCCGGUCGGUAUCACCGUCGGCAAUAAGAUCGUCUUUAUCCAAAAGAUUUUCGAAUCUCAUUCCUAAAACCCCUCAAUGAUUAUGUAUUUUCAUUUUCAUUUUCAUUUUCAUUUUCAUGUCUCUAGGUACUUCAAAUAUUUGUCAAAAUCAUUUGUUCGAGUGGCUCGACAUCAUGUAUCUCUUUCUUUCAUACUAACAUACAUUUUUUAAUCAGGCUAUGAAGACGAAGCAUCACCUGAAAGUUACUACACAAAUUUCCGUGAUGAUACAUACUCUCCUUCGCCGCCUCACGCUUCCGGUGGUUCAUACUAUCCUGACAACAAUCAAUUUCCACCGCCUCCUACCUCAGCCCCACAGGGUUUUACCCGUCAUGGAAAUCAAUCUACACCUUUUGUUAAUGAAAUACCUCCUAUUCCUCCUUACAAUCCUCAAGAUUAUGCAGGUCGACGUCCUAGUACUCAUGAACCUCAUGCCAAUUACCCACCUUACCCACCUUCAUCCAGAAUUCCUGGUGACAAUGUGAGUACUUAUCAAUCUUCGAACUCUGAACCUCUUAUGACAGUACCUCCCCACACAAGAGAUGAAUCUUAUUUCCCUAUUCAUGAAACCUCUCCACCUAAAACUGAUCAUGUUUACGACCGGGAGGGUGCGUCUUGCUUCUAAUAUCUCUUUCCUUCCGUACAGCAUAUGCUCGUAAAUUCAUCGAUGUACUAAUAUAUAUGCCUCAACAGAUCGUCUAAACAACUCAACGCCUACACCGCCCGUGACCCCAAUUGACGCUAACCCUUCCAACAAAUCCGUCAUGUUCGCCCCUCUAUCCCCUACCUCUUCCCGUCGCUUAGAACGUAUCCGCAAUUCUAAAGCAGAUCCAUCGACCUCCACUGUCAAUACUUAUGAGCAACCGAACCCAUCUUCUGACCGUCGUUAUCGCAGGAGAAGAAGGAACAACUCAGAUCCUUCGUCUGAUCGUCCUUCAAGGCCCCGUAAACAUCCAAAGCAUAGGAGUGGAAAAAGUAGUGAUCAAAGUGCUAGUGAGAAGAGUGAGGCAAGCGAUGAGGAUGUUGAAGUGCUACCGGAAAGGUAUGAUAGAGAAGGGAAAGCUUUAGAUAGGGAUGCUAGUAGAGAGAGGGAUAUAGCGAAAGAAUUUGGUGGUGGAAAUGAAAUUGUUGAGAGGGUUGUGAGGGGUGUUGGUGAAGUUGUUGCGGGUAAACAAUCGUGGGGAGAUUUAUUGAUGGGGUUUGUUAAGGAGGGAGGAUUAGCUGGUGGUUCGGCUACGGAUUUAUCGGCUGAUGAGAGGGAAAGGGAGAGGGGCAAAUCUAGGGAUCGGGGAAGGAAGGACAAGAGGAGUAGGAGUAGAGGGGGAGAAAGGGAUUAUUAGUAUCUCCUGGGUACAUACACGGGUUGGAUCUCGGAGUUGUGAUUUCUUUUCAUAUUUUUUUUUAUCUUUUUCUUUUUUGAUCUUUUCAUUCCCCCGAGAUGAAUGAUAUGGCUAAUGAUUUUACGGCCGAGAAAAUACCAUACAUACCAUCAAUAU